CUCUGCGCAUCAUCGAUUCUGCACAGGGCCCGAGACCAAGAACCAGCCAUGCGGCCCGCCCUCCAAGACGUGCAUCUGCAACCGCGAAGGAGACCAAUGCAAGACCAAGGUUCGUGGGUAAUUUACGCGUCGAUCUCUGUGUGGCUGGCUGGCUGGCUGGCUGGCUGCCAUGUUAUGUUUGUGUUGAUAUGUUUGUUUACGUCUGUGCAGGAGGGCUUCCAGGCCGAUAUCGAUGCUAAGACCGCUCGUGAGAAAAAAGAGAAACGCUCCCGCGCCGAACAUGAACUCGAAAACUACGAUGGAGGUGAGUGCACUGCAAAUACACACAGGGGCCACAUCCAUGCGGGCGUGUACACAUGUGUCUGUCUGUCUGCAUGCGUGUGUGCUGUGCGAGCAGGCACCUGCUUCUAUUUCACCCACGGUGGGUCGGUGAGUCAGAACUGCGGCGGCGGACUGGUGUGUGUGGUGGGCACGCGCACGCCAGAGGAGGGGAGACGGUCGGGGAAGUGCAUGCACAAGGAGAAGGCAAAGGAUAAAUACUGCCAUGGCGCGCCGGUCAAAAGGGACAACUAUGGCCGAUAUAGCUGCCAGCCGUUCAAGGAGGGCACGGUAGCCUGACUGAUGAUUAGAGCAAGGAGGGGCGGGAGGGAGGGAGGGAGGGAGGGUACACUUAAGCGACGGCUUUUCUCUUUUCUUUUGUUUUUCGUCAUACCCUCUACACCAUUUCUUUCAGACUGCAGGCGGGAUACACACAGAGGCACGGACGGACACAGAGGGGUUGACACACACAAGGGGGGACACACAGAGUUUUCAUUAUGGUCAUUUUGUUUGUAAUUAUGUGAUUUGUGUGAUCCCAUCGUCUGUCUGUCUGUCUGUCUGGGGUGGGUGGUGUUGGCCGCGCACGUCCAUGGCCUGGCUGCAGCGUUGCACUCAUUUCACGGAUGGAUGGACCGUUUCCUUUGUCCUUUCCAUCAAGCGCUCCAAACGACCGACCACAUUAUAUUGGCUGGCACAGAUCAAUCAAUGAAUGAAGGGGGACUCUCCAUGCCUCGA